UCUAGUUCAUGGUCAUUGUGGCUCUCCUUUAUAGAAGACACCUGGCAAGUUUAUUGUCAUAUAGACAGGCACCAAGAAAAUCAAGGCAACCUUAGAACUAUGGAGAGUCACCACAAAAAUAAUGCAUUUAGAAAAAUAUUGUCUCUGAGCCUAUACUUUGAUGUCCCUUUAGCACAAAGAUCCCGUACAUUUGACAUGCUUGGGAAACAUUUGAAAUCUAAUAUAGAGUACAUUAUUCAGAAUACAAGUUAUGCAAGAAAUGAAGUUGAAUUUAAUGGAUAUGAUGGCUAUGAUGAAAUAUUUCUUUAUGCUAAGCAUGAGAAAAUUCAUACUGGAGAAAAAUACAAUGAAUAUAAUAAGCACUUAAAGGUUUUCAGCCAUAAGCCACAGCUUAUUAAACACUGGAAAACUCAAACAGGAGAGAAACAGUGUAACUGCUGUGACUGUGGGAAAGCCUUUUCCCAGAAGUCAGACCUCAUUAAGCAUCAGUGAACACACACCAGAGAGAAACCCUAUGGUUGCAGCAGGUAUGAGAAAGUCUUCAGUCGGAAAUCCCAUCUCAUUUUACACCAGAGAACCCAUACAGGAGAGAAACGUAUGGAUGCAAUAAAUGUGGGAAAGCUUUUACUGAUAAGUCAUGCCUUAAUAAACAUCGGAGAACUCACACAGGAGAGAAACAGUUUGAAUGUUGUAUAUGUCAAAAGCUUCAGCAACAAGUCACAGUUCAUUAUUCAUCAGAGAUCUCACACAGGAGAGAAACCCUAUGGCUGUGAUGAAUGUGGGAAAACAUUCCCCCUUAAGUUUAGCCUCAUUUUACAUAAAAAAACUCACACAGGGGAAAAACUUUAAGGAUGCAAUGAAUGUGGAAAAGCCUUCAUCCAGAUAUCUGAGCUCAUUAGACAUCAGAGAACACACACAGGAGAGAAACCUUAUCAUUGCAGUGAAUGCGGAAAGGGCUUUAGUGUAAAGUCACUCCUCAGUACUCACUGGAGAACACAUACAGGAGAGAAACCCUAUGGGUGCAGUGAAUGUGGAAAAACGUUCUCCAUCAAGUUUAGCCUCAUCCUACACCAAAGAACACAUACGGGUGAGAAACCUUAUGAAUGCAGUCAGUGUCAGAAAGCUUUCACCCAAAAGUCACACUUCAGUAUUCAUCAGAGGUAUCACACCGGAGAGAAGCCUUAUGAAUGCAGUGAAUGCCACAAAGCCUUCAGCCGGAAAUCCUAUCUCCUUAUUCUUCAGAGAAUUCACUCAGGAGAGAAACCUUAUGAAUGCCUCCAGUGUGGGAAAACUUUCUCUCACAAGUUUAGCCUUAUUAUUCAUCAGAGAAUCCAUACAGGAGAGAAACCCUAUGGAUGCAGUGAAUGUGGGAAAACAUUUCCUAUCAAGUUUAGCCUUGUUUUGCAUCAGAAGACACAUACAGGAGAGAAACCCCAUGAAUGCAGUGAAAUGUCAGAAAUCUUUCGCCCAGAAGUCACAUCUUACUAUACAUCAGAGAACUCACACAGGAGAGAAACCUUAUGAAUGCAGUCAGUGUUGGAAAACUUUCUCCCACAAAUUCAGCCUCAUUUUACAUCAGAAAACUCACAGGGGAGAGAAAUCAUCAAUGAAGUAAAUAUCCAGAAACUGUCAUUGAAAGUGAGUAACUGAUUAUACCAGAGAUUAUACCAGAGUUUACAUACCUUAAGACUACAGAUGGGGACACAACUCCCCCAACCCCAGACUCACACCUCAUUGCUUAUAAGGGAAUGGUACUGGGGGGAGCCUGGGAGGCUCAGUCAUUAAGUGUCUGCCUUUGGCUCAGGUCAUGAUCCCGAGGUCCUGGGAUUG